ACAUACAUACAUAUAAUAAUGCCUCUGUUUGAUUUAUUUAUUUAAGUGUUUUUUCUAUCUUAAUUUCAUGAUUCAGUUCUGUUUAUUAAUGAUGAUUUUAUGCUUUGAGCUGAAAUUGCUUGAAUGGGAUGUGUCACCUAUGAGUUUCUGUUCUUAUACGUUUUUUUCCCUCUUCAUUUUAAAACCGUGAUUUUCGUGUUGGUGUUUGGAGAGAAACUGGAAUUUUCUUUUUGUGCGAGUUGAAUAUAAAAUAUAGUGAAAGGUUUUAAUGAAUCGCGAAUAGUUUUCUGUUAUUACUCUCCGACUUAAACUUGAAACUAAUAAGGUUAACGAAGUUUGUUCAAUUUGUUCUUAUGUUUGGACAGAUUGAUAUAUUUGGGUUUCUCAUACAUACAUGACAUUUAGUUCACGCAAAUAGGGGAUGGUGGGUUGUUGUUUUGUGCAACUUCCACCUUUAGGCUAUGUACAGUGUUUCUUGUUUGUGCAACAACAGUCUCCAUAUUUGCAGGAUGGAAUGUUAUUUGCUACGGUUCCUGUGUCCGAAUACAAGUAAGGAUGUUUUCACCUGGCUUCCAUUUACCCUCAGCUUCUUCGGUGUUAGUGCCGUUACUCUUGGAGGUGGAUGACUUUGUUAUAAUUGAGAAUCAUAUUAGUUCUGAUUAUGGAUUUCAUCUUUCUUUAUUUGUUCAGAUGAUGAUUUAGAAGCUGGGAAUUCAGCUGGCUUUCAUGCUGUUGCAUUUUCAUAUGAGAAUCCCAACGAGUCCGCUGUGAUAAAGGACGAUGACACUGAGACUGGUUUUCAUCCUCAAUUCCCAGUGCCAGAGAACUUGCUCAAUAACCUGUUUCAGAUGCUUGGAGCAUAAAUGGAGUUCUUUUGACUCAAGGUAGCCAUUCACAGGCACCUUGAUUCCUUUUGAUGUCAUGACAAGGGGUCGUGCAGGUGGGAUUAGGAUGAUAUAAAUACGUUGGUUCUUUACCUGUUGAGAGCAAUGGGAUGAAAACAUUUCUACAUAAAGUUGUGUUUCUUGAUCUUUAUGAUUAUCCAAGUAUAUGUGAGCCUCCAAAUGAGAAGGUCCAUCAGAUUAUUUCAAGGACUGCAAUGUUUGUCAGCAAACAUGGAAGCCAGUCAGAGAUUGUUCUUCGAGUGAAACAAGGAGAUAAUCCUACAUUUGGGUUCCUCAUGCCUGAUCAUCGUCUUCAUUCAUACUUUAGGUAUCUUGUUGAUCAUCAAGAACUUCUGACAAUUGACAAUAAUGGAAAUUCAUCUAUGGACAAGAAUAGAAGUCAGGGUCUUGAUCAAACAGGUGGUGCAUUAUCCUUGCUUGGAUCUGUAUAUGGAUCUGGAGAGGAUGAGGAGGGUACAAACGAGAAUACUCAGGAAGUAGAGAGAAAGGUGUGUGAGGAUUCUGUUGGUGCUGCUAAUAAUGCUUCCACGGAAACAGAGCAAGCAGAAUCUUCUUCAGAUGCAGCAAAGAAGGAUGGAAGCAUCUCUAAAAAUCCAGUAUCCUCUUUGAAAGAAAAAGUUCCCGUCAUAAGGCGCAAUCAUUCUAUCAGCAAUGUCAAGGCAGUAGCUGCAUCUAAGGAAAAGACAAGUGAUGCCUCAGAUUCAGUGACUAAUGCAGCGGACAAGUCACAUACUCCUGUUCCCAAUACAACUAAGAUUAGUCUCCCUAUCGUGGAACCACCAUCUGACUUAAAGAGAGCUAUUGAGAAGAUAGCUGAGUUCAUCGUAAAUAAUGGCAAACAGUUUGAGGCUGUUCUUGCUGAACAGGAUCGUGCUCAUGGAAGGUUCCCAUUCCUUGUGCCAUCAAAUCGAUAUCAUACAUACUAUUUGAAAGUUCUUCAAACUACUGAAGAGUCUAAGUUAUCAGGCAAGGUCUCCGAAAAGCAGAAUUCAGCAGGUCGUGCAGGUGAAAGAAACACUGUACGCGAAGAAAGUGAUAAACAUUCAUGUGGAUCUCUGGGUUCUGAUCUACCAUGUGAUAAGGACCGGAAGGAGAAGUUCAAGAUGAUUGUUGGCAGCAAGUCAAAGAAGGAUGAUCAAGAUCAGAUUCCCCAAGACAAUCAGUCUCAAAAUGUAGUAAGCGUGAAUGCAACAGCAGCAGCAGCUAUUCUUCAGGCUGCCACUAGGGGUAUUAAAAAACCAAAUUUAGAACUCUUCACCAAGACAUCAAGCAGUAAUGGCCAAGGUCUUGGAAGUGAUGGUGGCCAUUUGUCCAGCACUGGGAGCUUGUACUCAUCUCAACUCCAGCGAUUGGUUGAAAGUUCAAAUCUGAAGGUAGACAUAAGUGGUUCUGCCCGGGCUAUUGCUGAAACAGUAGCUAUUGCAGCAGCGCGGGAGGCGGACUCCUCCGAAGCACAUAUGACCAAAGAGGAGAAGCUGAAGGCUGAUAGAUUGAAACGAGCAAAGAUGUUUGCAGCCAUGUUAAAAAAUGGAGUUGCUCCAGUUAAAAGUGAAACCACACGGGGAUUAUCAGUUGAUCCCCCAGGCUCUGGACUUUCAGGUUCUGAUGCUGAGGCUGGGAGUCUUGUGGGUAAAGAAAGGGAAGGAAGUUCUGUUCCAUUUGAUGUUGAUAAUUCAGAUAGAAGUCAAAAGUCUGAGGAGAAGCAUUCCGUUGAUAAUUCUGAUACAAGUCACAAGUCCAAGGAAAAACUCGCCAUUGAUAAUAACGAGCAGCAGAAAUCGAAACGGAAGUACCGUUCGAGAUCUGGAAAACAGGAAGAGGAAGAGGAGGAGGAGGAGGAGGAGGAAGAAAACACAGAAGACAAAAGGGAUCACAAACAAUCGAGAAAAAAACACCGAUCUCAUCGAUCUUCACACAGCAGCCACGACAGGCAUAAGCACAAGCACAAGAGAAAACAUUCCUCCUCCAAAGACAGGUAUUCUCACAAAAGGCAUAAGGAUGACAGCUCCUCCGACGAAGAGGAUCACCACUCGAGGCAUCAUCAUAAAAAAGAUAGCUCCGAUGAUGAUAAGUAUCGUUCCUCCCGGCAACGGCACAAAGAGAAUAACACGUCAGACAACGAACAUAGACGUUCUCGGCAUCGGAAUAAGCAUUACAGUUCAUCAGACGAUGAUGAGCAAAGGCAUAGAAGCAGAAAUGUAAAGCACAGGAGCAGAUAUCAUGCAGAAAAGGAAAGGGACCUUGAGGAAGGGGAGAUAGUAGCGAAAUCAGACAAGUCAAAAGCCAAAGAGGUUGGAAGUGAUAGCAGGGAGGCUUCUGUUGCAAGGGUACCAUCCCAAUCUCCAGAAACAACUGAGGUCUCUGAUGAGCUUAGAGCCAAAAUAAGAGCCAUGUUGAUGGCCAACUUGUAAAAUUCGCCUCUUAACGAUUUAUAUUGUAUCAUAUUAUUCAUACUUAACAAUCAGCCCAUCAUAUUUGUGUUGUUUCAUGCUGAAAUCAUUCGUUUUUACUUUUUAAUC